AUGGCUAGUUGCGUACGCGGACGUAUCAUUCAAAUCACAAAUAUAUCACCGUCAUGUUCUUUGGAACAGAUACGCAUGCUCUUUGGAAAUAUAGGCGUUAUCGAUGAACUGGUUUUGUAUCCACCUGAGGGCAGUGAUUGUCCUAGCAAGGUUUGCUACAUAAGGUACGCAGAUGCGAUUAAUGCGGAGGUUGCAUUGCAUUUGCAUAACACUAUGUUUCUUGACCGGGCAUUGAUAGUUCUCCCCGUCGUGAGCGAGAAGGAUGUUAUUCCAGAUGAAAAGUAUGCUAAUCUUGUUCGCGCGCCUUUGCACACGUCCGCUGGUAUACAUCCUCGAUCAGCGUCAUGGCCGCUAGAUGUAAUCAGUAUGGUUGUUGGGCGUCCAGGCGAACAAGUCAUUCAAACGAUUGAUCCACGCCUCGCGACUUUGGGUUUUCCGGUGUACCCUCCACUUCCUGCGGCUACUGACUGUAACCGUAUUGAGGAAAUUCGUCGUACAGUACUUGUCACCAAUCUUGAUCCUAAAGUUACGGGUGAAGAGGCAUGUUUCUCGCAUGUGUUUCCAAUUUUCCCCGCUCAAUGGGUUCUUGAAUACUUCAAUGCGCACGCAGAAGUAAAGUGCGUUCGUAUGGCUGGGACUGAUAAUGAAAGGGCGGCAUACGUUGAAUUCACGGAACAAACUUCAAUUCUCAAGGCUUUCGGCCUUAUGGGAGGCACAAUCGGCGACCGACAGGUCAUGGUUCAACAUUCGAAUUGUGCUAUCAUUAAACCCACAAGUAGUUUGCCCGGCCUGGAUGACACCGUAAAAAGGACCUCUCCUCCUCACAAUCCCCAGCUAAGUACCUCAUCGCGGUUGCGGAGUCGUUCACGUUCCAGAUCCCACGGUCAUCGCUCCCCUUCGAGAAGUCGACGUCGUCGAUCCCGAAGUCGCCAUGGCCGUUCAAGAUCGCGUUCUAAUCGGCGUCGUUCUAGAUCUCGUAGUCCUGAUAAAAAACGCGGAAGUCGGGAAAGGUCGAGGUCUAGAGGUCGCCGAUCCUACCGUACGCGUUCCACCUCAAAUCGUCGCACUAGUCGGCGUAGCCGUUCACGUGAUCGUCAUCGGCGGUCUCGUGACAGACGUGACCGAGAUCGUCGCAAUCGCCAUGACAAAGAUCGCUCAAGGGAGAGGACGCGCCACGAUCGUCGUAGCCGCUCGAGGCGGCGGCGCUCCCGUUCACGUGGUAAGGACCACGGCUCCUCUCGUCGACGUGAAUCGGUGCAAAAGGAGGAUAAACAUGAACGCCAAUCUUCUGCGAGUAAUUUUCGAGACGCUAAAGUGUCAAAAGAACGUAGCUCGAGCCGUGUCAGCCUUGAGAAUGGUCAGAAACCCAAGAAGUCAAAGGACGAAGAUGGGAAGUUGAAAGACUUGGAGUCGUCACCAGUUGAUAAAGAUUUAACUAAUGGGGAAUCUGGAGGAAAGGAUACAUCGCCCAUUUCAAAGAAGCCAGUAGGCGUUAAGCUUGCCGGUCCCGAGGAUGACAUUGAAGGGUAA